AUGUUACGCAUUUCAGAAGCCCUCUCCACGCUGGAGCCAAUUGCUUGGUUUCUCUCAACGGCCCCCAUCUUCAUAUACACUCUUAAGCAGAAUCCAAAGUCGAGAUGGUGGUUGCUUCCAUUGAACGUCCUACCCUCAAUUCAGAGCUACCGCACCGUCAACCAAGUAGCAACUAGAUUCCCCGGGCUUGACUGGCUUCUGGCAUUCACGAACCUCAUAUUCAUCAUCCACGCAACCUCUGCACUCUAUCUUGAAGGCUUGGUUGUCCCGACUCCACCAAAAGGAGCACCGCAAAGAUGGAACACCAUCAUUUCCUUCAAAGCGUGGAUGAACCCACGAAGGUUACCUCUUAAAAGCACAUACGACCCCAAUCGUAAGCCUGUGACAACCACACAACGACUCUUUUUCGUCGCCAAGCGUCUCAUUACUCUGGCCAUCCUAGCAGCUCUAUACCUUGGAAUCGAGCUAGGCAUCCUCUUCUACCUCAAGCCUGGGCCCCGGGACUUUGGAGCUUCUCACCAGAAGUACAUACACCUAGAGUGUGACCGCGCGGCCCUCUUUCGCCUGGUUUUCGCAUUCCACUGGGCCUGGUUGACGUAUCUCAUUCUCACGGCAGCCAACUCCGUCCUCGCAGUCGUCUUUGUGGGCUUGCUCCAGAUAGAUGAUCCUGACGAAUGGCCGGUUUUGUAUGGGAAUCCAUUCCAGGCAUAUUCUAUCCAGCGCUUCUGGGGCAGUUUCUGGCACCACAUCGGAACGCCAUCGCAGCUGUGUUACGGCCGACUCAUCACACGCAGAGUGCUGCGGGUUGAACCGGGCAGCACUGUUGAGAAGGUAUUCCUUGCUCUUUGGGUGUUCACGGUUUCUGGGGUAGUUCAUGGGCUAGUCACUUGGAAGACAGAUCCGGAAGCAGAUCCGUUCAGUGACUUCUGGUUUUUGAUGCUCAACUUUCUGGCUGGGUUGGUUGAAAUGAGUAUCAGACAUGUAAGCUUAUUUGGGGGGAAGGGCAAAUCACCAACAGUUUUGAGUCGGCUGAUGGGUUACUUGCUCAUAUUGGCGUUCUUUUACUGCAUCGUGCCGCCAUACCAAUUUCCUAUCCUCUACAGGGCGGCGGUUUGCAGGAUGCCUUUCAAAGUCAACAUGAAGAUGAACCGAAGAUCAUAG